AUGCUGGUGCAACUGAGGACGGCUUUCCAGCAGGCCGGCAAGAUGUCCGAAGGGAGCCUGCCCAAGCUGGAAGCCAACAUCCUGGUCAUCGGAGCCGAGAAAGUGGGGAAAUCCGCUUUGACUGUUCGGUUUCUGACCCGAAGGUUUAUUGGCGAAUACGGGGAUAUUGAAUCAAUUUAUACCCACAAAGUGAUGAUUGCUGGCCGAGAGGCAUGUUUCAGCAUCUGGGACUCCGUCUGCCCACAGAUGGCCAACCUCCAGGGGUGCAUGAAUGAGAAACAGCUGCGCUGGGCGGAUGGUUUCAUCAUCGUCUACAGCAUCUGCGACCGCGGCAGCUUCCAUUUCGCCCGCCAACAGCUCCAGCGGAUCCAGCAACUGAAGAGGCGGGGCGGGGCUGGAAAGACGCCCGUUAUCCUGGUGGGCAACAAGCGUGACUUGCAACACUGCCGAACCGUCGCCAGCGAGGAAGGCCGACUCCUGGCCCUGUCCACGGACUCCGGCUUUUUCGAAAUCUCUACCGCCGAGACUUAUCACGGCGCCUUGGUGGUCUUCCACGAACUCCUGGACUUAGUACGGGACUCCCGGCGUUCCACCAAAAAGGCCUCCGUGGGCCUCCGUGGGAUUGUACGCAGCAUGUCGGCCGUCUUUGGGAGGCGGAGGACCGAAUGAGGAGGCCUUGGUGAGGGGAAGUUAGAAGGAAAGAUGGAAACUGGAGUACAAUGGGAGAGCCGUUCAAGCGAUGGCCGUCCAGUUGGAUAUACGUUCAUCCUUCGGGAACGUCAGAAGAAACGACCGCAGAAGGAGGCCGCGGAAGGAUUGUACACGAGGUUGGGGCUAUGGACGGUUUCCUGUUUACCGCAGAAGACAGUAACUGUGAACAAUUGUAAAUCCUUUUCUCCUGCCAGCACAAUCUUGCAUCUCUGGAAAUUCACAGAUUUGCACCUCCAAAACAGUAUUAUCAGGGCAUAGUGCUACAGAUCAGACUUGGGGCUUAAUUACACAAGGCUUUUAUUGCAUGCUUGUGA